AUGGCCGCCUCCGCCGACGACGUCGCCCCGUCAACCGCCUCCGCCUACCUCGACCCCUCCUACUGGGACGCGCGGUUCGGGAAGGAGGCGUACUACGAGUGGUUCAAGGACUUCUCCCACUUCCGCCACCUCCUCGCGCCGCUCCUCUCCCCGUCCCUCUCGGUCCUCGAGGUCGGGUGCGGCAACUCGCGGCUCGGGGAGGAGCUCCUGCGGGAGGGCGUCGCCGGCGGCAUCACCUGCGUCGACCUGUCCCCCGUCGCCGUCCAGCGGAUGCGCGACCGCCUCGCCGCUCAGGGCACCAAAGGCGUGGAUGUUGUGGUGGCGGACAUGCUCGAUCUGCCGUUUGAGCAAGAGAGCUUUGACCUUGUGAUUGAGAAGGGCACCAUGGAUGUGUUGUUUGUGGACAGUGGCGAUCCAUGGGACCCCAAUCCUACAACAGUGGAUAACGUGAUGAAAAUGCUUAAAUGUAUCCACAGGGUUUUGAAGCCAGAAGGCGUCUUUGUAUCAAUUACCUUUGGACAGCCACACUUUCGACGGCGAUUUUUUGAAGCCCCUGAGUUUACAUGGUCUGUUGAGUACAGUACCUUUGGCGAUGGCUUCAAUUAUUUCUUCUACACUCUUAUGAAGGGCAAGAGAUCACUGGAAUCCAGCAGUUACCAAAAUAUACUACCUGCUGCUCCAAGAAUAAAUAUGGUCCACGAAGAGCUCGAGAGCGAGGAUUUUAUAUUCCUCACAAACCUUGAUGAGCCAUGA